AUGUAUCCGACCAAAAAAGGAGAGAACAUUUAUUUGGGAUCGCAUGGUGCACCACCAUCACAAUCAUGGCAGAAGGAGCUAAACAUGUCCAGUCGUAAGCAACGGUUUAAACAAAAACUAAAAGAAGCUGAUAGAAGGAUCGGCGGGGCAGGGCGAGAGAACAAGGUGGAAAAUUUGAAAGAGCUUGUAGGUGGUGGGAAAGCAAGCCCCAAUAUGUCAAAGGGUUCCCCCAGGGAUUGGCUAGACCCACAUUGCGAUGAGUCGCAAUUUGAGAAGUCAUAACCCCAUUGAAUCAAAGCUUUUUGUGGCUUAAGAUACUUAAACGGUGCAAAGUUUAACAUACCGGCACCAUUUAUGAUAAGUCUUUGUCUUAUUAUAUGCAAGCGAAUUACUGAGCUUAUGUAGUUUGACAAUAAUCCGUCAACCAAUCCAUUUGAUUUUA